GCUGAUUGUUGUGACCAGCGACAAGCAAAAAAUAAAAUGUCCCAGCACGAGUGUUGAAGAUUAGAGCUCUCUGCUUUACGUAACGCUAUCUCAACUACGAAAGGUAAAGAGUGCUCUCCUCCUAUACUAGAAAGUUUCUGUCAGGUGUUUUCGACGAAAUAAGUUGUCCGAGCGUGAUAUUAUCGCUCGCAGAGAAAAUCCAGAAUGUCGUCUGCUCCACCUCCAACAAACGGUAGCAUCCAGGACUGGAUCAAGCGAUGGGGCUUGAAUGCGGACAGCGAGGCUAUUCUUCGUGCCUUAGAUCCCAAGCAACAGAGUCGCGUGAUGUCAAGUUUUAGUCCCAGCAACCCGCACGUGACGGACUACAACAAGGUUUUUCAGAAAUUUACCCAGCCCCGCCUCUUCGUCGAGAGCGAUUUAUUUUAUCCAGGAAAAAACACCCAUACCCAUCCGAUUUGUGAUGCAAAACAUGCAUGAAAUUCUGUGCUUGUCUUCAUGCACAAAAUGGAUUGGGAUAGGGUUUUUUUCCUGGAUAUCUUUUUGGAGCGGCACAUGCUGGAUGAGAGGUCCAAAGCUCUGCUCAAAACCCUGCCUCCGCCUCUUCUCGCCCACGUGAUUGCGCACUUCCAACCGGGAGGCCACCGCGACCCCGAUCGCCUUCUGGCGAACUUCGUUGCGGGGCUGAAAAAGCGAAAAAUUAUGCCCGGUAGUACCAGCGUGCUUCCGCCACCCGGAGCAGCUGCUAGUACACCCGCGACGUCGUCCCGCUACGAUCUUCUGGACCAUGCUGCUCCCGCCCCCCGUCGAUCCUCCUUCUCUGCCGCGUCUUCGGCCGCGCGAAAUCAUGCUGUUGAUGAACAAAUAAACUCAGACCACUCGUCGGAGGCUGAGAUCUCGGACUUCGUGCACAGAAACCAGCUUAGACCGGAGUGCGAAAGUGCGCUCCGGCGGCUGCCGGCAGACGCGCGGCGAAACAUCAUGGAGAACUUCAAACCGCGCCGGGAGACACGCGACCCCUCGUCUUUGUUCAUGGCUUUUGUGCGGCAGCGCGCGUCCUUCCUCGACGUCGACGAUAAUGAUCUUGCUCCGGCGGUUAAACCGGCAAACGACCACGAGCAAAUCGAGAGGGACAUCCACGACUUCGUGCAGAAACACAGUCUGCGCCUUAUCAAAUGUAAAAAUGUCUGGGUCUGGAAGAUUGCCAGGUUUGUCAUGCACAUUUUGCAUGACUCCUGAUGUCUGUGAUGCAUGCCCUAGCGUCACAUAUUUUGUGAGGGCUUCCUGAUGCCUAUACCGCAUGACACAUGCUCUUUCCGUGUAGCAAGACUUGCACUCGCUUUGCUGCUCAUGCAAUACAGACUUUUUUAGUAUCCAAAAUCAGCAUGGCAAGUUGCAUUCUUCCAGACCCAGACAUUUUUACAUUUGAUACGCCUGGGCAUCAAGCAUAUCUUGUCCAACACGGACGCCAAAAGCCGCACGUCCUGCUGCCGGGACUUCCGCGCGCCCCCGGCCAACGUAAACGAGUGCUUCCUCGCCUUCCUAAGGGGACGGCUUAUGUCCAUUGUGCGGGACGGAAAAAUGAACAAGGCCUACGACAGUGCGCUGGAAGUGGUGGGGGUAAUUGACAGAGAAAAGGAAGCGCUAGCCAUGGAGGAAGCGCGGAUGAAGAAUGUUGUCCGGGAAAAAGAACAUGACGGCUCAGCAGCAGACGGAACAAGGUCUUCCCGGAAGCGAUCUCGCUUGGACGACGAGGAAGAUGAUAUUAUGUCCCGCCAAAGGACCACGCAGGGCGGAGGUCUGUUGCCCCUCGAGCUUCCAAAGCGCAAGCGACCACGCACGACUGACGAGAAGCUGCAGCAAGAAGAUCGUGAAGAUCCCCUGAAUGAUCAUACUAGUAACUACGGCAGCGGCUGGGGCGAGAAUCCCAAUUUGGCCGGCGUUCUUGUUGAUCAAGAUGAUCUAUCCUGCGCACAAGUAUCGUGCUCGUAGUAAUUGCAGUCAUGCAUUACAAUUUUUUUUCUUAAGGUAAAUCCGCAUUACAGAUUUUAUUUCUCAUGCUGAGUGAAUUUGUCAUGCAUUUAUACGAGUGCGAUACUUUUGCAAUGCAUAUGAUCCCAUGCAGACGUCGGUAAUCGGGUCAAAUCCUUUUUCGAAUGAUAUCGGUUCCAGUUUGUCGUGUUCCGCAGAAGGCGAAGAUGAACCACCGCUCCCGAGCCCAUUUGAGGUGGACGAUGUUCGUCUUCACGGAGAACGAGACAAGGAAAAAAAAAAGAACGUCGGGAUGAAUAAAAGUAGGAAGACCAUUGUCUACAAACCCUUCGACGGUGUUUACUCGGUACAAGGGUUCCUGCAGUUCUUCAAACUAAAACUGAGCGAUGACGAGCUUGCCCAGCUCAUAUCUUUGAAGCAGACCGACCCCGCGGCGGUCGACGGCUUGCUAAGGGAGUUUGAAGCCAACGAAGAGGAUUCGAUCGGGACAACGAAGGAAAAGUAUUAUUGAUAAAUGUAAUUUUAUUUCCAGGAGCUGCUGUUGCGGUGCGGGACGAGGUGCCGCAAAUUAUAUCAUGAUGAAAGAAGUAGAUGAUUGAUGAAGAAGAAUAAUGCCAACAUCAUCUGCGACAACUAAAAAUGUAGAAGUACUAAUACUGGGUGACUAAACUAAAACAAACAAACAAAUCACAGCUUUCUCAGCUACCUCCGCGAGGAGUCCGUGGAAGAGAUCCAAGCACAGUAUCGAGAUUUCCUGCAAACCUGGAACCUGUUUGGUGAGGAGGCUGCCGCUAUGCUGUGAAAAAGUAUCGUACUUGUACUUAUUGCAAAUACGCAUGACAAAUCUUCCUCCUAGGGUAAAACAGCAUUACAAAUUCCAUUUUUCUUCUUGCCAAAAGUUGUAAUGCAAUUUAUACUAGUGCGCUACUUUUGCAAUGCAUAGCCGCCAUCCUCCAACUGGUGCCCAAGGUGCGGAACCUGCGUCAGGACCUCGUGGACAGUUUUGACGGCAACGCGCCGGGGGAAGAGGCGGACUUUGAACACAGCUCCGCAUUGGACGAAACGGAAAUGACGCGGAAAUUCCUGGUGUUCGCACUCCAUUUCAUGGAGAGCAAGGGCUACGACCCCUGGCAGAUUCGGGAAAAAAUGCGACAGCUGUUUGCGUUCGAUGAGGAUGACCUGGAGAUGAGUGCUGGUGACCACCCGGGAGCAGGACAUCAACCCGCAGACGAAGGUUCUCAGCUGCAUGGAUCGGUCGAGGACGUCCUCGGCUUGGAUCUUGUUCCAGAAAAUUCUGAUUUCCAAAAUAUUAAACGCGAUCAACAAGAACUACAGGACGAAGAAGCGAUGUUUGAGGAGAUUGACGCCUUAUCAAGUGCAAAAAUGUCUGGGUCUGGAAGAAUAUAUAUAAACUUGUGAUGCGCAUUUCAGAACACAGAAAAAUCUCUCAUGCAUAGGCAGCAAAAGUUGCCUACUUUCUGUCACCAAAAUCAGGGAUUUGCCAUGCGGAUUCGGCAUUGCGAACGCUUCGCGAAACCUGUGAUGCUAGAGCUUCCAUACCAGACCUUCUGUGUCAUGCAAAAACAGCAUGACUCUUCCAGACCCAGACACUUUUGCAUUUGAUACGCCUUCUGCAAGACCAAUCACGUGAGUUUCGCCGUCGCGGAUUGUCUGCGGGCGUUCGACCCCCGGUUUCGCGCAGAUGUGCUGGCGGAGUUUGAGCCCUGGUACGAGAAAGAUCUGCACUACGACAAGGACAACAACAUUCUGGAGAACGCCAUGGAUCACCGGUUUCUCAAGUUUGUCCGGAACAUGGCGAAGCGGCAGGGCAACAAGGAAGAGCUGCUUGCGAAGAUCCCCGCGGACAAGGUAUCCUCAGAAAAAAACGGAUCCACAUCCGAUUUGUCAUGCAAACCACGUAUCAAGUGAUGUGUUUGUCAUGCAAAAAAUUGAUGUGGAUGGGUUUUUUUCUGUGGAUACAAGGAGAUUGCGAACUUGAUCACCAAAAAACGCUGGGUCUGCCCCUUUUCCAGGCGACCAAACAAAUCGGAGGUGGUGGCGUUUCUGGAAAAGCACGGGCUGGAGAAGACGACAGCGGGGGAAAAGUUUUUGAAGAAAACCCACCCGGGUGCCGCGCCUUUGUUCUCCACGAACCUGCUGCAGUUCGUCUUGUAUCCUCGACGCAAAACUUGUUGUAAGUAUCGUAGACUCAUACUAAAACUUGCAAUCUUUAUCUUCUUGUAUGACAAGAAUGACAUCAAGUCCCUCUCCGUGGUCUCCGGACCUGACUCUGCAUUUGCAUUACAAAUUGGACUUCUACUAUUCAUGCCAAAAUGAUUUGUAUUGCAAGUUGUACUCUACCAGUACGAUAUAAGUCAUUUUUUGGAAAGUGCAUAUCUUGCAAGACUUCGAACUGAGCCUCCACGUGAAUGUGAAAAGCGCCGUGGAAGUAUCACAAGAAAAAGUGUUAACGUUAACGGAAUUUAUGAUGCAGAAAUGCAUUACAAGACGUGUCACAAUUUGUCAUGCAUAGCAUGCAUGUUGGGCUGCAUUUGUGAUGCAUGACUGCAAUUUGUGAAAACCGUUGACACUUUUUCCUGUGAUAGGAAGAGGAGGCGCUCGCGGAGGCGGAAUUUGAAGAGUACAUCGCCGAUCUUGAACUGGUAUCCUGUGCAAAAGUAUCGUACUCGUAGUAAUCGCAGUCAUGCAUUACAAAUUUCGUCUCCAAGGCAAAUCAGCAUGACAGAUUUUAUUUGUAAUGCUGAGCGAAUUUGUAUUGCAAUAACUACUAGUAGUGCGAUACUUUUGGAAUUCAUAACUGGUUCCGAGCGGGAAAGAGGUGCGGUUCUGGUUCAAAGAGUUUGGGUUAGACGCCUUUUUGAAGGAUCCGCGUUUUGGGGACAGGUUACUCACGAAAUUCCGGGCCGAAUUGCUGGGCCCGAUUCAACGCGCCGUUCUGGACGAGUACCGGCCGCGCGUGAAACCCGACCAGCCAAUUGUGCAGUUCAAGAGAUUCAUGGAAAGCAGGAGAGCAGUUUUGUCCUCCACCAUUUCAUCCACUAGCAGUUCCGCCAAGGGAAAGGGGAAACCAGCGUCUCUAGCCACGACGACCUCGAGCAAGGGAGGUGGUAGCAAGGGCGGCGGUAAAAAAGUGUCCUUAUUUUCUUCCUCGUCCUCCACAGCUCCAUACUCACUGUUCUCCUCCUCGUCCGCCGGUAAAGCUACUGCUGAAUCGGGAGCACCAGGGAAGAAAGACGGGAAGAAGGGGAGUGGGAAGAAAGGUGGAAAAGAGAGCUCUUCUAGUACUACCGGAAAGGGUAGUCAGAAACGGGCCGCAAAGGUGGACAAGGAGGGUCAGGGUGGAACAAGCAGGUAUGAAUUGGAAGAAAAGAGCGAGGCUGGUGGAAACGCAGCCAAACGAAUUAUGCCUUGCACGGGCGUUGGCAUACAGAAGGGUGAAUUUGCAGUGAAUUUGUAUUGCAUGACAGACUUGCAUUUACUAAUAAAAGAGAGGGGCGCUGCGUAUGGAGACGAGCCCAAGCAGCCCACGCAGCGUGAAGGGCUGCUCGUCGCCAAGUGGCACCUGCAGCACCGAAAGAAGUGGUCUUGCGGGGGCCCGCCGGACUGUGUAGUGCAUAUGUAACCAUCAAAGAUGGUGAAUCGUGGGGCUCUUGUUCAUCUGCGCGUCUGCCUCAGAAGUUCCUCUCCGGAAUGGUCGGGAGGGAGGGCGACGCCUGAACACAGGGGCACUAGUUCAACACGUACGCUCUCACGAGUUGUGGUUGUGGCUUGGAAUUGGAUAUCUGGGAGUAGCCUCGGGUGGAACUGGAAGGGAAGGCACGACUCGGCUACGGGCACUAGCUUGCUUGGCCUGGUGUGGUGCUCGGCUUACAACUCCCCAGGCGUGUUUUUGCCCCCGGAGCAAGUCUUUUUCGACGUGGCUCUCAGGUCAAGAAUUCUCUUGGUGAAUUUUGAGGUUUUUUGUUUUUGCGACACUUUUUUGAAGCCCCCAAACCCGGAGUUUCUCAUGCGCUAGCGCAUUUUGAACAGGAGCCGGAGGCCAAAAUUCACCGGCGCCCUUUUCAAAAUUCACUCCAAAAUUCACCUGGCGCCCCUUUUCGACCGUGAUAAGCAAACUUCGGCGCAGAAAAGUGCUCAAAAAAGUGCGCAGGUAGGCCCUGAGAAGUCGGGCCGAGGGGAAAAGGCAAGCGCGCUCUGUUGCCCUCAGCCCUUCCAUAUUCUGCCGAAAAGGCCUGGAGAGCCCACGCGCCUGCCGGAUAGACGCGUCAAAGCUCUUGGCCUGGUCCUUUUACCCUUGUUUUCGCGCCUUCGUCUUGCCUAAACUGUAUGUGCCUCGUGGCUCUUGUUUUUGGCGUCUUUGCCGCGGCUGCUGCAGUGCUUGCCCUUCUGCAAUCACAGGAAGACGAAAAGAGAAAGACAUGGCCAAAGAACGACGCCCAGGCCAUGUCCAGCUGUCCGCCGCAUAACCUGCGAGUUCUGCGGUGUGCAGACCGCUCUUCCCAGAAGGGCGAGAGGGACAAUGUCCCGGCAGUCUCCUCUGCUAUUUGUCAUGCAAAUUCACUAGAGAUUCACCACGUCUCAUGCUAACGCGUGUUAAAGCUCUAGCAAACGAAGGAAGCACUGAGUCAGGAUUUUUUUACAUCAUGUGGAACAAGCAGGUAUGAGUUGGAAGAAAGGAGUGAGGCUGGAAACGCAGCCAAACGAAGGAAGCACUGAGUGGGGAUUUUUUUACAUCAUGUAGUUGUAGGACGAGGACAACGAUGCUGAAGAUGAAUAUGGGAAGAAGUUCGUUGUAGUGGGGCCACGAGCUACAUGUUGUAUCUAUUCUUCACAACAAGACCAUGGCAAUACAAACACAGAGAGCCGACAAUAAUGCGGCAAUGCGCUCUGUUCAACAUCAUUGAGAGAAGUGAAAAACAAGCCACAGAAUACAAGAACUGAGCUCGAGUGCGAAAUGAGGAACAAGUGGCGCAGCUGUUUUCUCAUUGAUAGGUUUCUGUUGAAAUAAGACCACGCCCCUUCAUCUUGCCAUUCAUCAGGAACGACAUGACGCUUGUUUGAGUAUUUCGGUAUCACGGGAACAAGACCUGAGACUGUAGAACCGCCUCCGCCACCACAACCUGAAUCCAGGAGAAAUAAAUAUGUUGAGAACUACUUCAU